AUGGACCCCGCUCCUCCUGAGUCGUCGGCCGAUGUCGUCUCGGCUCCACGCCCGCCGCCCGUAGAACUUACCAGACCAGCUGACCAGUGUCCUAGCGCGGGGGGCGACUCAGGCACCAUGAGCCACGACGCCGAGGUGGACCUGAAGGAGGUGGAGCUGAACGAGUUGGAACCGGAGAAGCAGCCGAUGAACGCCGCUUCGGGGGCGGCCGUGGCCAUGGCCGUGUCCGGAGGCGCCGAGAAAAACGGUCUGGUGAAGAUCAAGGUGGCCGACGAUGAGGAGACAGCCGCGGCUAAGUUCACGGGCCUGUCCAAGGAGGAGCUGCUGAAGGUGGCGGGCAGCCCCGGCUGGGUGCGCACCCGCUGGGCACUGCUGGUGCUCUUCUGGCUCGGUUGGCUGGGCAUGCUGGCGGGCGCCGUGGUCAUCAUCGUACAGGCACCACGCUGCCGCGAGCUGCCCAUACAGAGAUGGUGGCACAAGGGUGCCCUCUACCGAAUCGCCGACAUUCAGGCUUUCCUGCCCGGCGAAGGGGGCAAGUUAGCAGACCUUAAGGGACACCUGAACUACCUGAGCUCGCUGAAGGUGAAGGGCAUCGUACUGGGCCCAAUUCACAACAAUCUGAAGGAUGACGUGUUGGGGACUAACUUGGGUCAGAUUGACCCCGCUCUGGGCUCCAAGGAGGAUUUUGAUAGUCUCCUGCAGUCGGCUAAAAAAAAGAGCAUUCGGGUCAUUCUGGAUCUCACUCCCAACUACAGGGGCCAGAACUCGUGGUUCCUCCCCACGGAGGUUAACGUGGUGACCACAAAGAUGAAGCGUGCACUGGAGUUCUGGUUGCAGUCUGGUGUGGAUGGAUUCCAGGUCCGGAAUGUGGAGAACCUGACGGAUGCGUCCUUGUUCUUGACUGAGUGGCAGAAUAUUACCCAAAGUGUCAGUGAAGAAAGACUCCUGAUUGCAGGGACUGACUCCUCCAACCUUCAGGAGAUCCUGGAGUUGCUCAACUCCACCAGUGAUGCCAUGUUGCUGACCAGCUCGUACUUGGCCAGCCCUAAGUUUGCUAAGGAACAUCCAACGCAGCUGGUCACCCAGUAUGUGAAUGCUACUAGCCCUCGCUGGUGCAGCUGGACUUUGUCUCAGGCUGGGCUCCUGACCUCCUUUGUGCCAGCUUCCCUUCUCCAACUCUACCAGCUGCUGCUCUUCACCCUGCCAGGGACCCCUGUUUUCACCUCUGGAGAUGAGAUUGGCCUGCAGGCAGCUGCCCUUCCUGACCGGGUACUGCUCGCUGUACCCGUUUGUGUCCCAGUUAUGCUGUGGAAUGAGUCCAGCCUCCCCAGCACCUUUGGGCUAGUAAAUGUCAGCAUGACUGUGAAGGGUCAGGAUUCAGUCCCUGGCUCCUUCCUCUCUGUGUUCCGGAAGCUGAGUGAUAAGCGGGUCAAGGAGCGCUCUCUGCUGCAUGGGGACUUCUACACCGUCUCCUCGGGGCCUGGUCUCUUCUCCUAUGUCCGCCACUGGGACCAGAACCAGCGGUUCCUGGUCAUGCUCAAUUUUGGGGACCAGGAUGUCACGGCCAAGUUGGAGACCUCUGGCCUGCCUGCUAGUGCCAGCCUGCCAGCCAAGGCCGAACUCGUGCUCAGCACCCAGCCAGGCCGGAAGGGGGGCACCUCCCUCGCGCUGCAACAGCUGAGCCUGAAGCCCCAUGAAGGGCUAUUGUUGGGUUACCCCUAUGUGGCCUGA